AUGAUGCCACCAAAACAAUCCCGCCGCAACAUUCGCCAAUUCUCUCCAGAACGCCCUUUUCCCCUAAUUUCCCACUCCCGCUCAGAUGGUACCGCGCAAUCCCAGCCAGCCAACGAUCCCAGCGGUGCCACGACCACCGUCAUGCAUGAGGCGACGCGCUCUUCAACGGGACACAGCGGGGAACGCAAAGGCAAUGGACUGUGA